UGGGCUCUGCUUCCAUCUCAAUGGAGCCAACACUUCCUCUGCCAGUGUGACAUCACAGCCUCUUCCAGGCGGCACCCCAAUGCCACUGUGAUGCACGCAGCUCUGCUCUGACCAGUUCCACGGAUUGCUGAGCCAGCUCCCCCCCCCCUCGCUGAGUCAGUGCUGGGCCCCGCUGCCUGGCCAGCUAAGGGAGGGCCUGGGCAUGCCUGUCCCCUUGAGCCCAGCUGCCCCACACCCCAUGGCUAGAGAUGUUGGCAAGACACUCGGCUUGGAGGGGGGGCUGCUCUGCCAGCUGAUCCGCUCCCCAGAUUACAACCUGUUCCCCAACUCGGCUGUUUUUGAGAGCAACUUCAUUCAGGUCACAAAGAAGGGGAAAUGGAUGGACAUCACCCACACGCCCACCAUUGUGACUCUGGCAGUGACCUCCUCGGAUCCCUGCCUCCCUCUCCCCAACGUGCUCCUGAUGGCCAAUCACCGGGCCCCGCUUGGCAGGCCCAACGCUGGCGGUCCCCAGCUGUCACGGAUGGACCUAACCAGGCUGCUCCCCCUCCGCUACGUCCAGCUCUCUGUCCACAGCGCCUCCCAGCGCAUUUUGCGUCUCCAGACGGUGACCAAGACGGUGUAUUACCUGCAGCUGCACCACGAGCACCCAGAGGCCGUCUUUGCACUCUGGAGCCGCCUGACCAACAUCCUGCACAACGGCCUCUCCACCACCACCAAGGACCCGGCCAUCCCCAUCCACCACUGCCUGGUCUCCAGCCGUAGCAGCAGUGCCUCCAGCAUCAGCCCCGUGGCCGAGAACUCUGAGACGGUGAUGAGGAGCCCAGGGAUAAUAAUGGGAAUGGGCGGGAAGGUGCCGGGCGCCACCUCCCAGUUCUCCCCAAGACUCAAGCAAAAUCUGGAGAAGCCCAGGAGAGUCUCCUUCCAAGCGCAGCAGCAGAGCCUGGACAGCUCGCCGGGACCCUCCAGCGAUAUUAAAGUUCUCUUCUACGACCAGCCGCCGCCGCUGGUGUGCGCGCGGUGCCGGGGGCGGCUGCCCAGGACCGAGCCGCGGAGGUGCCGCCUGGACGCCCGGCCCGCCGACUCGGACCCGGAGCUGGCGCCCUGGAUGGACCGGAGGGUGCACGGCCUCUGGCAGCAAGAGACGCCCACCUGGCUGCAGCCCCUCUGCCGGCUCAGUAGCCUCGCCGCCGCCGGCUGGAAAUAGGUCGGGCCGGGACCCCGGCGGGGUCGGACGGGACCCCCGGACACGGCGCUGUCGCCGCCGCCGCCCAGGCCGGCCGAGAAGCGCUUGGCAGGGCCAAGGCGCAAAACGGAUCAAUAAAACUACCGGCUGGACCCGACCCAGGCGUG